CCAACCAGUUUUAGUUCACAGCCAGCUCCCACUGGUCAUGUAUCUCGUGCUGGCGCUCCUGGUCUGUUUGGCCUCAGCUGAUCUGCCCCCCAAGGUCACCAUCCCUCAGGGUACACUCGUAGGUACCACUCUAACCACCAGAGGGGGAAGAGAGGUGUCAGCCUUCCUAGGAGUACCUUAUGCUGCCUCACCUACUGGUCCCCUCAGGUUCAAGAACCCUCAACCACCAGCCUCCUGGGAUGGAGAAAGAGAUGCCUCCAAGGAGGGAAGUGAUUGUAUACAACAAUUUGUGCUGAUUGAGAAGUUCAGAGACACUGUAGUCGGUGAUGAGGAUUGUCUCUAUCUCAACAUUUUCACACCAAAGGUGACAGAUAAGGUCAAGUUGCCUGUCAUGUUCUUUAUCCAUGGUGGAGGCUACGGGGGAGGCUCAGGAUCCAAGAUCAACUAUGGUCCUGAUCUACUCUUGGACAGAGACGUGGUACUUGUUACAGUCAACUACCGGCUAGGACCUCUUGGAUUCCUAUCUACAGGAGACUCAGUGUUGCCAGGUAAUCUGGGCCUGAAAGACCAGUUGGCAGCACUGAAGUGGGUUCAUCAUAACAUUGAGAAUUUUGGUGGUAACAUGAAAUCUGUGACUAUAUUCGGAGAAAGUGCUGGUGGGGCCAGUGUGCAUUUUCAUGUGCUGUCCCCGAAAAGUAAAGGAUUAUUCCAUGCUGCUAUAUCUCAGAGUGGAUCAGCUCUGUGUCCAUGGGCCUUCUCUAACCCUGCUAGACACAAGCAGCUGGCUGGGAAGCUUGCACAGUUGGUGGGUUGUCCUCUGCAGCCUUCUCAUGACUUUCGUCAGUGUCUGAUGGACUUACCUGCAAAGAAGAUUGUUGGUGUCCUUAAAGACUUUAUGAUAUGGGAUAUGGAUCCGAUUGUGCUCUUUAAUCCUGCUAUUGAAUCUGAAGAAGCAGAAGAUGCCUUCUUGACGCAAGAUCCUUGGACACUUACUUCUCAUGUGCCAUGGAUGACAGGAUUCAAUAAGGAUGAUGGAGCAUUAAGGAUUUCAAGUUUGACUCAAGGAGAUGUUGAAGGAAAAUUCAAACAACUCAACGAUGAUCCUGAUUCAAUUCUGGCCAUGUCAUUACUUUACCAACACACAGCAAAUAAACCAGAUCAAGUGACCCAGUCUAUUAGAAAUUUUUACUUCAACGGUGCUGAGAAAAUCACAUUAGAAAUGGUUCCUCAGCUGGCGAAGCUGUACACAGACAACCUGUUCACUACAGGCGCUAUGGAGGCGGUCAGACGUCACAGUGGUCCCGUGUUCCUGUACCACUUUGCUUACAAUCAAUCCUUUUCUCUAUGCUCCGAGUACUUUGACAAUCCUUGGCAUCCAGGUGUCUGCCACUUUGAUGAGCUUCUGUACCUGUUUCCUAUGGAAGGAAAUGCUCCAAAAUUAGUGCAGAAUGAUCCAGACUACACAAUGUCAAAACAUAUGAUUGACCUGUGGACAAAUUUUGCAAGGAACAGGAUCCCCUCUCUGGAUAUUGAUGGAGAGUUAUGGAUGAGCAAGGAAGGCUCCUCCACAGACUAUCUACUGAUAUCUAACAAUGGUUUCUCCUUACAACAGAACCUCUUGGCUGAGAGAGACCAGUUCUGGCAGACUUUGCCUUACAGAGAGAAACCUUCAGUUCGAGAAAGGAAACAACUUAAUGAUGAGCUUUAAUUGUAUUCAAUAUUUGGUUCUAUUGAUUAUAAUUACAAUUGUUAUUCCAUAAA